AGAAUUCUUAUUCAGAAGCGCGUCAGACACGGCCGAGAGAACAUCUCAGCUACUGGUUUUCUACAGAAAUUCUACAGAGGAUAAAACAGUAAAAUCACAACCUUAUUUACUGUGCUUGACAAGAAAUGGAGGACCGUUCUGCAGCAGAACGUCUGCGUUUGAGGUGGAACGAAAGGCUACCUGUUGGAGCAGGACUAUGGAACCUGGGCAACACGUGCUUUCUGAACUCGGUUCUGCAGUGUCUUACUUACACCCCUCCACUGGCGAACUACAUUCUAUCAGGAGAGCACUCCAACACAUGUUUCAGUCCUGAGUCUUGCAUCACGUGCUCAAUACAAAAGCACUUUACUCAAGUGUUUGCAAACCCGGGCACAGUCAUCAUUCCAGUAGACAUGGUUUCUAAACUUACUCUGAUCUCAGAGCAGUUCUGUUUAGGACAGCAAGAGGAUGCGCACGAGUUUUUCAGCUACACAGUGAGCGCUUUGGAGCAGUCCUGCCUUAACAGAAACAUGCUCGACAGGGAAACAGAGGGAACCAACCUCAUUAAACAGAUAUUUGAAGGUUGUAUGAGAUCUAGAGUGAAGUGCCUGAGUUGCAGAGCAGAGUCAGACACAUUUGAGCCUUACAUGGAUGUUGCACUGGACAUCAGGGAAGCUGAGGAUCUUACAGAUGCUUUAAGGCAAUUUGUUAGGUCUGAGCAACUGGAUGGCUACAAGUGCAACGUGUGUAUGAAAACGAGCCCAGCAUCAAAAACCUUUGCCAUAUUUCGCAGCUCAAAUGUGCUUACCAUCUGUCUCAAACGCUUCAACUUUUAUGGAGACAAAAUUUCUAAGUUUGUGAGAUAUCCCACAUACCUGGACAUGGACCCGUUCAUGUCUGAUGGAGGAGGGUCUGAUGAGAGACAAACUUACAAGCUGUAUGCUGUGCUAGUGCACUCUGGAUCUGACUGCCAGAUCGGACACUACUACUGCUAUGUGAAGGCUGGUGACAGCAAGUGGUACAAGAUGGAUGAUUCUGAGGUGUCCGUCGCUGAUAAACAAUCAGUGCUUUCAGAACAGGCAUACAUGCUGUUCUAUAUCAGGACUACAAAAACAAAGGCAAUGAAGAGGAGCAAUACAUGUGGUGAGAGCAGCGGAAUCGAGAACACCAAAAGGAAACGCGAGCGCUCCCAAAACCCUGAUAAAGAGGAGUCUCCCCCGAUGGCUAAGCGGGCAUGCAAGGAAAUACCUGCAACUCUCCAGCAACGCUGUCAGGAAGAAAAUAAACAGAAAAUCUGGACUUCAGAAACACAAAACUUGGAGAGAAGGAGCUACAGAUAUGGCGAUGGCUUUGACUUGGGCAGUAUAAUCUUUAACACCACACAACAAAGCACAGAGAAACGCAAGCGCAGCCCGAGCUCUGAUAAAGAGGAGUCUCCCCCGAUGGCAAAACAGGCACGCAAAGAAAUGCCUGCAACUCUCCAGCAAUCAUUGCAGGAAGAGAAUAAACCGAAAAUUUGGACUUCAGAAACACAAAACUUGGAGAGAAGGAGCUACAGAUAUGGCGAUGGCUUUGACUUGGGCAGUAUAAUCUUUAACACCACACAACAAAGCACAGAGAAACGCAAGCGCAGCCCGAGCUCUGAUAAAGAGGAGUCUCCCCCGAUGGCAAAACAGGCACGCAAAGAAAUGCCUGCAACUCUCCAGCAAUCAUUGCAGGAAGAGAAUAAACCGAAAAUUUGGACUUCAGAAACACAAAACUUGGAGAGAGGGAGCUACAGAUAUGGCGAUGGCUUUGACUUGGGCAGUAUAAUCUUUAACACCACACAACAAAGCACAGAGAAACGCAAGCGCAGCCCGAGCUCUGAUAAAGAGGAGUCUCCCCCGACGGCAAAACAGGCACGCAAAGAAAUGCCUGCAACUCUCCAGCAAUCAUUGCAGGAAGAAAAUAAACCGAAAAUUAGGACUUUAGAAAAACACAAGCUGGAGGAGAGGAGCGACGAGGACAGCUUGGUUUAUGGAGAGUGCAGUGGAAUGUUCUACACUCCACAGCAAAGCACUGUGGAACGCAAGCGCAGCCACAGCUCCGAUAAGGAUGAGUCUCCCCCCGGCGCUAAUCGAAAACACACAGAUACACCUGCAAAUCACCAGCAGGGAUUGCAAUAACAAUAAUUGGCAAUCUUAAAUUAAACUUAUAUUAUUAAAAGAGUUGUCUACACCUUUUUAGUCAACAGCUCCGUCGUGAGUUUUUACUCUUUUCCAGUUGGCGUUGAGCUCAGGGCAAAGUGGACAAUUAAAUUCGUAGGGGUAAUUCACCAAUAAUAAAUGCUCCACGGUGUGUAGCAGCAUUUUCUCCACGAAGAUCUAAGUGGACUGGCUAUGAAAUAAGCCGAUGUAUGAGCGUUUAGGUAUGAAGGAAUAGACCCCUGCCCACUUGCGCUAAUCAGAUAUCUUAUAAUUCUCUCUAAUAUGGCCUUAUAGAACAGGAUUGAUCACAAAUCUGGAUGUUAAAGUUUCCCCCCAGCUGUCAGACUUUCAUUUACCAUUUACCAUUUAAUUCAGACAUUCAGAUCAUUUACCAAAACAAAUAAGUCCUAAAAGUCCUCCGAUGAGGAGGGGUGGUGGUGGGCCCAAAUUAUUUCAAUUACAUUAAAAAGCACAUGUGCUUUAAUAACAAAACAUUCUUAAGAACUCUGACAGCUUGGUGUAAACUUCAACAGACCAGCCCAUGUGUAUACAGUCUCGGGACAAGAAGACACUUAAAAACGUUGGUGUUUUGAGACCUUUGGUAAGUACAUUAAUAUCAUGUAAAAUAAGAACUAAAUAUACCAAUUUUGAUAUGUAAAUAAAUAAUAUUUUGCCUUAUUAUACUUUUUCCCUUCAAAUGAAUAUAUGAGUUUUAUGAGCUAGCAAACAUAGCUAACGCUAAUGCUAACACCCCUAGCCCUGUUAAUGGUACACUUCCACAAAAAUUAAGGUUGUCAGCUAGAUAGAUAGCUAGAUAGAUAGAUAGAUAGAUAGUCUUCAGGUAGGCUGUGAACAAGGGCUAGAGUGCACUUAACAGGUUAAGUCUAAUAUGAAAGGACAAAAUGGACGACGGUUUCUAACUUUUUACAAUCUCUGCAGGUCCUCUGUGACUGGGGUUGGGGCCUUACCCGUGCUGAAGAUUUUUAUUACAAAGAGAUUUUUUUUAGACAUUCACUGUUAUCUAAUAAAUAUUUUGUUGUUUAUUUUUUACAUUAAUUGCCUAAAAUAAAACUACAUUAAACGAUU